AUGGCGCCACCAGUCGCCGUCGAUGGCGUCGGGCAGAUGCUUAAUGGCUUCAGCGACAAGAAGAAGGUCGACACCAUGAACCCACAUGAUCUGGUGGAAUGGGAUCGCAAGUUGACACCGAAACGCUACGAGAUCAAAGGCACAAACCCGGAUUCGAGGAUCCUGAUCAGUGAUGUGAACAUCAUAGAUUCGACGGGCAAGCCCCCUUUCAAGGGUGAUGUAUACGUGGAAGGUGAACGAAUCAAACAUGUCGGCUCUGUGCCCAACAAGGCUCAGCUCCUCCAAGACAACUCUGUUCGUGUCAUACAUGGUCGUGGCCGUACGCUGAUGAGCGGAUUGGGAGACGCCCACGUACACUUCUCAUGGAAUGAAGGCGACCUUGGUAAGCUUGGUGAACUGGGUGUCGAGGAACACACCCUCCUUACUGCCCGGUCUGCCAAGACAUACAUCGACUCUGGCUACACGAUGUGCUUCGGAGCUGCUUCAGCAAAAGAGCGACUCGACUGUGUCAUACGAGACGCGAUCAACAACGGCAGCAUUCCCGGACCACGAUACCUCGCCAAUGGGAAGGAGAUGGCUGUACCAGAUGGCGAGCUCGUGCCUGGCAUUACAGCCUUUGCUUCAGGACCUCUCGAAAUGCGCGAAACCAUUCGACACCACGUCAAGCUCGGAGUCGAUCAGAUCAAGCUGAGCAUGUCCGGCGAGCAAAUCUGCGAAACACGUGAUGCUCAGGACUGCUAUUUCACGGAUGAGGAGACCGCUGCUUGUGUGGAUGAGGCUCAUCGGCAUAACGUUCGACUGUGCGCACAUGCUCGCGCUAGGGACAGCGUGAAGCAAUGCGUCAAGCAUGGUGUCGAGAUCAUCUAUCAUGCGUCGUGGAUUGAUGAUGAGGGCAUGGACAUGCUCGAGAAGGCGAAGUCGAAGCACAUUGUCGCCCCUGGACUGAAUUGGCUCAUUGCUACUGUCUACGAAGCUGCGGCUUUUGGAUAUUCGUUCGAGAAAGCGGAACAGAUUGGGUACAAGAAGGAGCUGGAAGUUGCGAUCAGGGGCCUGAAGGAGAUGCACAAACGCGGCAUCACAGUCCUGCCAGGAGGUGAUUAUGGCUUCGCUUGGACUCCCCACGGCACUUACGCUCGAGACCUGGAGCACUUCGUGAAGCUCCUGGAUUUCACACCCAUGGAGGCUCUCGUUGCGGCAACCGCAGGUGUUGCCAGACUCUUCAUGCGCGACGAAGAGCUCGGGAAGAUCGCCGAAGGAUACUAUGCAGAUAUGAUUCUGAUAGAUGGCAACCCGUUGGACGACAUAAAGAUCUUGCAGGACCACGACAAGCUUAACGUCAUCAUGAUCAACGGUCGCAUACAUAAAGCCAGUUACAAGGAGUUCCUUCGGACAGAGGAUCGACCUGCCGCAGAAGCCCAGGUGCAGCAGCCUGCCCCGAAGUUGACCAAUUUUGUCGCGUACAGUCUCGACGAUGGGACUGGUAGGACGCGCAUGGGUCACCUUGACCCGUCCAAGGGCACGAUCACACCUUUGGCUCUUAAUAUCCUCCCUCCCAUUUACGGUAGAGAUAUCCUCGCUGUUGGCAAGAACUAUUCAGCCCACGCCAAAGAGUUCAAUGCCAGCGGCUAUGACUCGUCCGACAAGGUCGACAUGCCUACCCAUCCGGUCAUCUUCACGAAGCGGGCAACCUCGAUCAUCGCCAACGAGGAGGAGAUCCUGCUGCAUCCAGACUUUACUGAGACUCUUGAUUAUGAGGGCGAGAUAGGCGUUAUCAUUGGCAAGAACGGAUUCCAGAUCUCGGAAGCCGCGGCUGAAGAUACAUCUGGGGCUACACGAUCAUCAAUGAUGUGA